CAAGAAGGAACUGGCGUGGUGGCCACAAGAGGAUACAUCUUUUGUUACAGAUCUUCUCGAUUGAAGUUGGCCUACGGCUAAACAACAAGUCGAAACUGCCGACAUUAUGUCUUAGAUGAACUUUGCACCCUCCAUAUGAUAGUAGUGGUAGUGGUGAUGGUAGGAGUAGUAGUAGUUAGCACUCUCGUCUCAACGACAUUAUUGUCGCCCAGGUUAUCAAUGAUCGGGAAGGAGUUAAAAGUAAUUGAGCUGUUAUUAGUGGCUGGUAUGAACAAGUAAUAUGUUCGCGCAAAAUCAAGCUUGUUUUAAGUCAGGCUUGCAGUUUACUGCCAAGGAAGCUCUACGCAAGUUGUCAACAUACGCAAGUAUGGUAACCGAGCAGGCUUAUACAAAAGGAAGCAAAUGUCCUAAACUAGAGCCAGGUACUUUGCGUCUCUACAGUAUGAGGUUCUGUCCUUUUGCUGAAAGAACCAGACUGGUUUUGCAACAUAAACGAGUGAGGCUGUGUAUCAUACCUAGGCAUGAGAUAGUGAACAUCAAUCUCAAACACAAACCAGAUUGGUUCCUCGAAAAAACUCCUAUAGGUCGAGUACCUGUCAUUGAACAUGAUUCCAAGAUUAUCUACGAGUCUAUAAUCUGCAAUGAAUAUCUAGAGAAAAUCUUUCCCAAUCCACCAUUAACUCCCACUGACCCUUAUAGUCAGGCAAAGGAUCAGAUGUUAGUCAGCCUUAUGGACAAGCUAUUAAAAAUCUUUAGGAAGGUAGCUGGAAGACACAAAGGUGAUGAAACCGAUACUUUGAUAAAUAAGAUGGUAAUCCAGCUUCGUUAUUUUGAAGAGGAACUCAAACAACGUGGUGGACCCUUCUUUGGCGGAAAACAAGUCAGUAUGGUUGACUUCAAUCUUUGGCCAUGGUUUGAGAAAAUUAAAGCAAAAGUAGUGACAGACCAAACUAUAGACCAAUUCAUCACCAAAGAAUACCCAUUUCUAUGCCAAUGGAAUGAGAAUAUGUUGCUGCUGCCAGAGGUGAAGGCCACAAGACUUAAUCCCCAGUACUAUGCUGCAUUCAUCAAAAGUUUUGCCAAUGGAGACCCAGAUUAUGACUUUGGUCUCCAACUGAAUAAAAGUAAAUUGUAAAUGAUUUGUAAAUAUGAUGAAUAGAAUUUUUAAAUAAGAUUAUAAAUAAGAUCUUCAGCUGAAUAAACAGUUCUUUGGUUUGGACACUCAAUUUAAAAUAAAAGUUAUUCAAGCUAAAUUAUGUAUCAGAUCUCCAGUUGAAUAAUAGUUAAUUGUUAAGGAUAUGCUAGUGUGAUAUUUAAAGUAUUCAGUUUAGAUUACGAUUUGCAUCUCAAGUCGAAUAAAGAUUUAUUGUAGACAAUUUCUAAAAGUUUAUGAGUGAGGAAUUCAAAAAAAUAAUUUAAACAUUCAAACGUGAUGUUCUAGCUGAAUAAAAGUUUACUUGUGAAUGACUUUUUAAUGGUGAACUAUAAAAUUUUAAAAUUAGAAUUUGAUUUAAGUCCUUAGCUGAAUAUAAUUAAAUUGAACUGGUUUCUAAAUGUGAUGCAGUGAAGUUUUUAAAACUAGGUUAUCAUAAAUGAUCUUUGGGUGAUCUUUUAGAUUUCUAAACUAGAUUAUAUGUGAGACCUAAAGUAGAAUAAAAUAUGGUUUUUAUCCAGAUCAUGGUUAAAGCCAACAGCUAGAUAAGUAUCAGUUUUCAAUUGCUUCUAAGGAUGAUGGAAAAAAGAUUUUAAUCAAAAUCAUUUAUUAAGGAUUUUUACAAGUGAUGCCUAAAGUUAUCAAACCAGUUAAUAAUUUGAGAUUGCAGCUGAAUAAACAAAAAUGCAAAUAAUUUCUAGAAGGCAGAAAAAUUUUAUAAACCAUUUGGAUAAUUUGGGAUAAUAGCCAAGUUUUUUUAUUUGGAAUGUAAAAAUUUUGUACUUGAAAAAUUACAUAAAAUUCCUUGUGUCAGAGUA